AUGUCUACAUAUAGAAUAGAUUCCAUGCGGGAGCGUAACAAGCAUUUGUUUGGAAGAGAGAAAUUAGAGCGAAUGAGCGGCUGCAGUUUGAGCCGCAGCAGAGGGAGAGAGGACGAGGACGCGGAAGAGCAGAGACCCGAAGUGAUGGUGACUCUGCCGGAGGGAGACCAGGUCCCUGCCAGGGCAGCAUUAUUAAAACCUUCAGUCAGAUUUACGGAUAAGCAACAGAUGCACCAAUGCUCCACCCGUCACGAUUCCUACAGUCAUUCUGCUGAACCUACAACCCUGUCAGACAACCUCAGACAUCCUCGGGACAAUUUUAUUCUGCAGGACACCAGGCCGCUCCGUAUCUGCUCUUCCAAAGUAAUGCACAGUAAAGUCCAGAAGGACGUCCGACAAGGAGACGGGGUCCAGUCAGGUGAAUUUGAAAACCAACCUGUGUCAGACAGACGUCAUGUGCAGCCUUUACUUGGAUAUGAUUGGAUAGCGGGAGUUCUAGAUGCCGAGGACUCCUUGUUGGAACGCUCUGACGAGUUCUUCGAAGAUCUCCGUACAUUUCGAUCAAUCAAUAAAGACGAGUGUGUUCACCCUGGACCAGUAGAAUCUUUCGAGGAAAGCCGUCUUUUCCCGCCACUCCUACGGGAUGAGGAUGACAAAGAAGCAAACACAGACACUCAUCAGUGUACUUUUUCCUACAGGAUCAACUACAGGCUGUUUCCUGUCCCACUAAGCUCUGAGGAAUGCUGUCCAGUGUGCAAAAAGCCCAAAUCCUCUCACCCUGAGAAUGAGCCCGCCCUGAUAAGGGUCAGCAUUCCUCGCAGCAAUCUCCUGCCACCUUACAAGUACAAAGCUCAUCGGCGAAGCAGCUUUGAUCCUUCAGACAGUUUGGGAUUACCGUCGCACUGUCUCUCCGGAUGGUCGAAUGCAGGCCAGGACAUCCUGCCUCCACCCAGCAGCCUAGACCUGCGGAGCUCUAUCAGGAGGAACUUGGAUGGCUCACUGAGCCAAGAACUGCAGGACUUGUCUUCACCCCGAAGAGACCAGGAGCCUGAGCAGAUCCCUGAUGUGCGACGCUUGGCCCGAUUCAACUUUCAGCACUUCUCUCCAAAAAGAAAACCAAGAGACCUUUCUUUCCCACUGGGCUAUUAGAUCAUCUAUUAAUUUCUAAUAGACUGUAACUUGAGUUUUCAUCCUUAUCAUCCAAAACUGUCUUUAUCUGUCUGAUGUUUUUCCAAUACAAUAAAUUAAAACAGGAAUCUGAACCUUAA